AUGGAUCUUAAAAGAAAAAAUGACAAAAUAACAAACAAUAACAAGAACUAUACUAAUAAUAAUAAUAAUAAUAAUAAUAAUAAAAAUAACAAUAACAAUAAUUAUUAUUAUAAUAUUAAUAAUAAUAAUCAAUUAACACCCAUGUUAUCAAAUGAAAUAAAAAAUAAAAAAAAUAACAAUAAUAAUAAUAAUAAUAAUAAUAAUAAAAAUAAUAAUAAUAAUAAUAAUAAUAGUAUAAACAACAAUAUUUAUAAUUAUAAUAAAAAUAGUAAUAAUAAUAAUAAUAAUAAUAAUAAUAAUGAUAAAUUAAUAUCAAAUAAAAAAUAUAAAAGUACUGAUAUCAGUUCAGAAUUUGAUAAUAUUUAUACAUCAACAAAUACACCCAGUUUGGUUUUUACAUCAAAUAAAGAAAAUAAUAACCCCGGUGAAAUUGCAUUUUGGAAGAUAUUUAAAAAUAAAAUUUUAUUCAAUAAAAUAUUUUCAAAUUUCAAAUUCAAAGAGCUAUUCAAUUAUAGAGAUUUAAAAGAUUCCGGUCAUAUUUUAACCAAAUUUAGUAAUGGAGAAGCAAUUAUUAGAGAUAUGGUAAAAAGUGGAAAAUUUGUAUUUUCAGAUUUUAAAUUAGAAUUAAUCAUUAGUGUAAUCACCCAAGAUACUAAAGAGAAUAGAGAAUUCUAUAGACAACUAUUUUCAAUAUAUUACCACCAAAAUGUUGAUUAUUCAUCAUGGGUACAAACAUUUGUGAAGUAUCAUAAUAAAAUCGCAUUUCUGGAAUUCUUUAAAAUUUUUAAAUUAGAUAAAAGUAAAAUUUCAGUGAAAGUUACGUAUUUCGGUAAAAGCAUCAAAAAAAAUCUUAAGAUGAAAGAAUUUGUAGAAUCAAAUGGAGUUAAAGUUAUUGAAACGAUAUCAGUAUUUGAUAUGAUUACGAAUUUUCAAUAUUCACAAAAACUCAAAUGGCUCAUAAGUUUUAUCUUGUUUUGUAUCGAUGACAAUAUCCAACCAAAACCAAAACACAUUUUUAUAAAAGAACUACUAUUUAACUCAUUAGAUACAAUUAAAUCUAGUACAAUAUAUUUAAACUCAACUAUUAAUGAAAUAUCACAAUCUAAAGAUAAAUUUUUGAAAGAAAAAACCUACUACUUUCUCAAAUAUAUAUAUUCAAUAUAUGCUGAAAAAUACAAAAAACCUCUUUCUAAACCAACUAGUUAUCAUAUAUACUUUAGAGGCAAGUAUAAAAUUGAACGAAUUUAUUCAGAUAGAAGAGAAUUUGUGUACCCGUCUAAUGUACCACCCACAUUUAUAAAAAGUGAUGAAUUCAUUGAUUUUCAAAUUAAACUAAUUAAAUUCUUACCCAUAUCUUAUAUAAAAGGAGUGGUUGAAGAGGCCAUUUUUUCAAGCAAUAAUUUGGUUCCAAUAGAUCUCAUGAUCAAGCGUAAAGGGGGUUGCUUAUACGGCUAUCUUAUAAAUCAUCUUAGAAAUAUUACCAAGACCGAGAUAUUGGACCACUUUUUCAAUAAACAUCAAGAAUUAAUGUUUAUUGACGAUAAUAUACUUUGGAUAUACACCAACAGCAAAGUUAUGGGCCAUUUCGAAAAUUUAAUGAAAAGUAUUUCAAGAAAGUUUAUAGUUUUAUUGCAUUUUCCUAAAUCAGACUUAAAAAAUACUCCAAGUAAAGAUUUUUUCGAAAGAUUAGAAAGAGCAAUCGACAAUCCAACAGUUUAUAAUUUUGCAUACAAUUCAAUGCAUCCUCAAAACUCAAUAAAUAGAUAUAAAUCAUAUUUUGUAAAAUUGAAGUAUUUUAACCAGGAUUCUGCAAUAUCAUUGCUAGAUAAGCACCUAAAAAUAUAUGGAAUUUCAGAAUACUUUGAUAUUGAAACAAUUUUAAAAAAUAAACUCAAUCAAUCCUAUAAAUUAAUAUAUUGGAUCUUUCAAGACCUAUCAGAUGGUUAUAUUCAAUCAAACUUAUUAAAUGAAGAAUUAACGAUUAAGUCUGGAAUCAAUGCAAAUAAUGAAAAGUAUGAAAUAAAAAUUAAACGCUUUACUAGUUGGGAAAUGCUUUUAUACUAUUGUGGUCGUACAAAAUUUUUAUAUCAAAACUUAGAUUUAAAUUCAAAGUUAAAAGAACAAAUAUUCCUAGAUCUAGUUUUUAAAUUUAAAGUCCGUGUUUUUUUAAAUUUAUUAAAACAUUUAACAUAUUCAGAUUUCAAUCAUGAAUAUGUUAAAGGAAUAAUAUAUUCAAUAGCAGAUUUAUCAGUAGUCCGAAUUUUCAAAAAACCUCUAAAUGAAAAUCAACCUUUUUAUCUUGAACUAAGUGAUAGUAGUUAUAGAAUAUUAACCAAAACUCCUUUUCGUAAUCCCCUAGCGGAAAAUUUUAUUGGUGCUACCCAUUUAAUUUCUAAUAAUGAUUUGGGCGAUACAAAAAUUGUCUGUUAUAAAUAUAAUACAAAAAAAAUAAAAAUAAUUUUAUUAAACUAA